GAGCGGCGCCGACCACCCGGCUGCCCCUUCUUGUUGAUCCUGUCUGGACAGUGAUUCUUGUGCGAAUGGCGGAUGGUAAUUGACUCAUUGAGGAUUUAUGAAAAUGGAAAAUUCUGAGGCAUUUGUAGGCUUUGAUCUCUGUAUGAUACCACUUUCCAGUGUUGCUCAGAAGAUUAUGUCUGCUAUACAUUCAGGUGAUUUAGUGGAGUCUAAGAACUGGAGAGAGAGAGAAAAGACUGCAGAAAUGGUAAACAAAUCCAGUGUUAAGUGUUCAGUACUUCUUGAAGAUGGGAAGAAUCACUCACAGGAAAAAAAGAAUCUUAAUUCUUUUACAAACCAGACAUCAAGAGCUUCCAGCAAACUCUCUCCUCGGUCCUCCAGUAUCAGACUCACAGAUCAGCUGUCUGUGGGCCCAAAACAGAAGAGCAUCAGCUUGUUGUCUCCUUCAAGGUGUCUGAUUCCACAGUGUAACCAAGAGGCUUCAGUUCUACAGAAAGCAGAAUGCAAAAGAAAACAUUUUCUAGAAAAGCAUUUAAAUAAUGAAACUAAAGAAAGCAUGAACUUGAAAAGAAAACAUGUCACAUGUAAUAAUUCAUUAGAGAAAACAAGUAAACAAGUGGCAUUGGAAGGAGAUGCUGAUGAGGUUGAAGUGUCCUUAACUCCUGGGAACUCAAGAGCAUUCAAAAACCAUUUCUGUGAUAUUAGGUAUUUGGAUGAUUCGGAGAAAAGGCAGCUGAUUGAAAUGCUCCAACAGGCAGUCGCCCUGGUGGUAACUCUGAUGUACAAGGAUGGUUCAACCCAGCUGAGAGCUGACCAGGCCCGGGUUUCCUCUGUGAAAGGCAUUGUGAUGCGGCUGCAGAGCGCCCCGGAAGAAGGCUGUGGCCCUCUGGGUGCCCCAGGACCUGGUGGUGUCCUGGAGGAAGGCUCCACACCCCACGGUCGCUGUGUCUACAUAGAAACACAGCACCCUUCUCUCUGGGGCCAAGAACAAGAGGCACAUCAUCAGUUUGCCAGGAACGUGCUGUUUCAUACACUGAAAUGUAACCGUCCCAUUAUUUGUUUUAAUGCUAAAGAUUUUGUGAAAACGGUGCUGCAGUUUUUUGGUGAUGAUGGCUGUUGGAAGCACGUUGCUGGUUUUGUAGCACUGGAUCCCAGAAUCGCUGCCUGGCUUAUAGAUCCUAGUGACGCUGCACCCUCUUUUGAAGAUUUAGUGGCAAAAUACUCUGAAAACCCCAUCACUGUUAAUGUGAGCACCACAUAUGGAAAUUCCUCAAGAAACGUUGUGAAUCAGAGUGUAUGUGCGAAUCUGAGGAUUCUCUACAGACUUACGAUGGACCUGUGUUCUCAGUUGAAGGUUUAUGGUUUAUGGCAACUAUUUUGUACUUUGGAGCUUCCUCUGAUCCCAAUCUUGGCAGUGAUGGAAAGCCACAAGAUCAAGGUGAACAAAGAAGAAAUGGAGAGGACCUCAGCACUUCUCGGGUCACGUCUCAAGGAGCUGGAGCAGGAAGCCCAUUUUGCUGCAGGAGAGCAAUUUCUUAUAACAAGCAGUAGUCAGCUUCGAGAGAUCCUUUUUGGCAAACUGAAGCUGCACUUGCUGAGCCCGAGGGCGGCCCUUCCCACAGUGGGGCUGCAGAGAUGCCCGUCCACGUCUGAAGCCGUGUUAAACGCUCUGAAGGACCUUCAUCCAUUACCCAAGAUAAUGUUGGAAUAUAGGCAGGUUCACAAGAUCAAGUCGACCUUUGUAGACGGACUACUCGCUUGCAUGAAAAAGGGCUGCAUUUCCUCCACCUGGAAUCAGACUGGAACGGUGACCGGAAGACUUUCAGCCCAGCGUCCGAAUAUCCAAGGUAUCUCCAAGCACCCAAUUCAAAUGACUAAACCUCAAAAUUUUAAAGGUGAGGAAGAUGAAAUCACCAUCUCCCCAAGGGCCACGUUUGUCCCAUCCGAAGGCCACACCUUCCUAGCAGCAGACUUUUCACAGAUUGAAUUGCGCAUUCUUGCACACUUAUCUGGGGAUCCAGAACUUUUGAAGUUAUUCCAGGAAUCUGAAAGAGAUGAUGUAUUUUCUACCCUGACUUCACAGUGGAAGGGUGUCCCCCCAGAAUGCGUGACGCACACAGACAGAGAGCAGACCAAGAAGGUGGUGUACUCGGUGGUCUACGGAGCAGGGAAGGAGCGGCUGGCUGCUUGCCUUGGAGUUUCCGUUUCGGAAGCCGCCCGCUUUUUGGAGAGCUUUUUGCAGAAGUACAGGAAAAUCAAGGACUUUGCCCAAGCGACCAUUGCCUGGUGUCACCAGACAGGCUACGUGGCGUCCGUCAUGGGCAGAAGGAGACCGCUGCCAGGGAUCCGCGCUUGGGACCCACAGCUCCGGGCACAGGCAGAGCGGCAGGCGGUGAACUUCGUGGUGCAAGGUUCGGCCGCCGACCUCUGUAAGAUGGCCAUGGUCCACAUCUUCGCUGCAGUGGCCACUUCCGCCACCCUGACGGCCAGGUUGGUCGCCCAAAUUCAUGAUGAGCUGCUGUUUGAAGUGGAAGAUUCUCAGGUCCCCGAGUUUGCAGCUCUUGUCAGAGGCACCAUGGAGUCCUUACAGCAUGUGCGGGCACUGGAGCUACAGCUGCAGGUGCCCCUGAAGGUGAGUCUGAGUGCUGGCCGCUCGUGGGGACACCUGGUGCCACUGCAGGAGGCCCUGGGCCCUCAGCCACGUCCACGCCCUGCUGAGUCUCCAAGCAACCGCCUGGCCACCGCUGGGCCUCUCGUCAGCACCGGCCCCCCGCACGCGCAUUUUUCGCCUUCAUUUUGUCUGUAGCCCCAGGCAACAGUGGGAGGACAGAACUGGUUUCCACAGCCCCAUUGUGUGGCCUCCCCAAGGUCAGGUCUGGAGUUUUGUACUGGCUCUGUGGCUAGAGCAGGACAUGGCCAGGACCAAGUCCCCGCUCUGGGUCACCCCUAGGAGUAAAUGCCAUAUACAAAGCUGUCCUCGUCCCAUCUGCGCAAGUUCUACCUGUGGGUGGGUAACACCAUGCCCACAGCCCUGAGCCACUCGGCCAGAGUCAGGGCUGAGCAUCCCAAACAGGCUGCCAGGGCCCCGCGGUCUCUCCACAAGCCUCAGGCAGGCCAGUGACCAGGCCCUGGGAACAGGCUGGCGCCCCCCAACCCCGAGUGUACUCUGAAAGCAGUUCUCACAGACCCCCCCAGUGCCAAGGGAAGGGCCCAACCCAUGCCCCCCAAAGCCUCACAGCAACCUGUGACAGGUGCCGACAUGACACCCACUUGCACAGUGGGGAAACUGAGGCAAGCAACGGUUGUAGCGCACAUGGCUAAUACAUGUGCCAGCUGAGCCUGCAGCCUGGGCUGAGCCUGGUACCAACACCACUCUCCUCCCUCUGUCACAGCCCCUGGCAGUGUGCCCUGGGAGUCCCAUUUCCAGACCACCCUGACACCAUGAGGGCCGAGGCCUCUCCCAUUCGCUUCCUUGUCUGGAUCCGGGCUCCACGUGCCACCCUCCAAAUGGGGCACAGGUCCCCAUGGCCCGUCCGGAGCGGGGUGAACAUGUUGACAGGCGCCCAGGCGCAGCUCCAGGUCUGGGCAAAGGCACUCCGUCCUGCACGUGCCAAGGCUGCUCUUGUUUAAAUGGUGACUGGGCUUUAGCGACACCUCCAUUGCAGAGUCCACGGGGUGAUGCGGUCGCCCGUCUGCUGUACGCAGGCCCGUUUUUCUCAUGGCUCCAAGUCAUUGUCACUGGUUUCAGGGGUUGACUCUGGAGAGCUUUCCCGGAGCUGCUGCUGGGUCCUCCAAGCAAGCCGCCUGUGUGUCAUGUGUGCGUGGCCACGCCUUAGGAGGCCUGUCUUUACGCUGUCACCUCAGAGGCAUGACCACUAUGGGUUUCAAAAGGCAUGUCUUGCUCAAAACAAAUGACCAGCCUUGGGAACUGCCAGCCAAACAUGGCCCAUGUGCCCUGGGCCAGAGUGGGCCAUGCAGGGAUGGAGCCGCAGGGAGGACGUGUCCCAGUGCUGGCGCCUUCAGGCUUCAAGACCCACUGACACUGGUUUCCACUUAGAAGGUCCCAGAAAAGGCAGCAUUCCCGACGCCCUCCUGACAGCAGAAGUGGCAGAUCCUUCAGGAAGGGUUGUGCUGGGAGCUGGGCUGUCACUGUGGAGAGCUGUCCAGGCUGGGCUGGCUCAGGUCCCUGUCAGUCCACAC